CAUCAGGGCUGGGAGCCCGAGCAGACGCCUGCUGAGGUGCCUGCCCGCCCCUUCUAGGGCCCGCGGCACCCCUCUCGGAUCCCAGCACCGCCCCCCGCGCCCCCUCCCACCCCCCUGGCUUCCCACCCUCCGCCCCGGGGGUGGGGGUGGGACCUGCGCCCAGAGGGUCCCCGCCACAGCUCGGGAAGGAGUGUACUCCCGAGCCCUCCCACUUGGAGACGUUGCCGGCGCCCCGCCCUCCGCCCGCACCUGCGGAUUCGGCCCCGCCCGCCGGCGGCGUCCCCAGGUGCUUUUCUAGCCUGGAUGCUUCUUCCCAGGUACUCCUCUGAUUCAGGUGCUCCACUUGCAGAUAAUCUCCAGGCCUAGCUGCUCCUCUGACAGUGUUGAUGUUUUUCAGGAGCUUGCAGAGCUGGAUCCUAUAGCAUUCCCUUACAAGUAGCCAAUUUCCAGGACUCUGAGCUCCAGGGCUGCCUGGCAUCUAGGGGUUUCCUUGAGCCCCAGCUCUUCUGGCAGAAGCUGAGGCUCACCGGCGUCUUCAGGCCUCUCGAUGAGUGAGCUGAACCAAACCACUGUGGGGCCCUCAGCAUCAGCCGUGUCCCCUGCACUGGCCACCGGGGCCCGGGCAUGGCCUGUGUUGGUCGGGGUUGUGCUGGGCGCUGUGGUCCUCUCCCUCCUCAUAGCGCUUGCUGCCAAAUGCUACCUCUGCCGCAAAUAUCAUACCAGCUACCAGCACCACCAGCUGCCCAGGAUAGGGAAGGCAGCCUUCCCGGACGUGGGUGAAGAGGAUGAUGAUGGCUUCAUCGAGGACAAUUACAUUCAGCCCGGGGCUGGUGGGCUGGAGACAGAGGGGAAUAGGGACAACUUUUCCUUCUGAGCCCUGAUUUUGGACACCCCCUCCCCUCCCCAUACCUGACAACUUGAGGGUGGAGGAUACCACGUGGAGGCCACAAGCCUCGGGGCCAGAGGUGUCUGGGGCUUAAGGGCUAACCAUGGGUAGAGCGAUCCUCCCUUCCCUGACGCUAGCACUACAGUGAUAAACCUUCUCUUGCUCCAUCACCCUCAAUGGCUCCCUGCAGUUCUCAGGACAACUACCAAGGGCCUGGCUGGAGAAAUAGGGCCUCUGUCAGCCUCUUGGUUCCCUUAGUUGCCUUUCUCAACUUCACUCCCUAGAAAACUCGUUAUUUGUUACUCCUUUUCUCUUGCAAGGUGUUUUCCCAUUCACUUCUUGCUUACUCUGUCUCCCUGGCUUACACUGCCCUUCUGUUCUCUCAAAUCAUCCAUGACAGAGGGCACUUGGGCAGCUCAGUUGGUUGUGCAGCUGGCUCAGGUCAUGAUCUCAGGGUCCUGGGGUGGAGCCCACAUCAGGUUCCCCCACCGGGGAUUCUCUCUCCCUCUGCCCCAUCCCCUGCUUGCUCACACAUAUGUGUGUGCGCGUGCAAGGUCUCCCUCUCUCUCUCUCUCUCUCCCCCCCUCAAAUAAAUAAUCUUUUUAAAAAAAUCCUCUAUGACAGUGAUGAAAUCCCUGGCCAACAGACCCCCUAUGGCCCGCCUACCUGCCAACAUUUCAGACGUACCGAGAUGAUGACAUUUUAGUAGGUAAAAUCCAGUGUGCCAAGUAUCUUGUUGAAAUUUUUUCAAUAAAGUGAGUGAUUGAAAUGGUUAUAUUACAUUUUUCACAGGUACUAAUUAAACCUAUUUUUGUCUUAAAUGAAAGUAAAAAGGAGUCACUGAUUUUUAUUUUCCUGAAUUGGGACUUGUGCAUAAAAGUGUCCCUUGUCGCUGGAAAAGACACUGCUCGCGCAGCCCCUCCUCCGGAGACUUGCUCCCCACUCCCAACACCCUGUGAGUUCCUCUGCCUUUCUCUGGUCCCCGUUGAUUUUAAUCUGCAUUAGAGUUUGCACGUCCCCCUUGCUGUGCGGGUCCCCACGGCUAGACUGUGAACUCCCUGAAGCCACAGGCCGUGUCUAGUUUUGUGUCCUCAUUCUUGUCCAUGGCAGAUGCUA